AUGACUCGUUGCGCUGAGGAUCUAGCAGCUUUAAUUGGCAGUUUGCUACAGAGAGACUUUUCUUCAUCGUUGACCAAGACUUGGAAAGGGCGUAAGGUUGGGUUUGUCGAUCCAAAGAUCUGGUACAUUCAAGUUCGCGAGGGUAUAUGGGAGGUUGCCGAUAGCUCGGAUGCACUGAAUCUAAUCACUGAUGAUGGUGGCAAAGUAAUUCAGGAUAAUUCCCUGAUAUCGUAUGAUGAACUCAAAUUUGAGUGUUUGGAUGGCUUAGAUCAGGUCUGGAACCACGAUUUCGCUCAUCUUUUCCAAGGUUUGCUUCGUUCGUGCAGGGACCCCAAGGUCUUCUCAAGGACUCGAUCAAGAAAAGAAAACCAUACAACAAGAGAGAAGUACUACGAGGCUAAAAACGUUCUCCGCAAAAAUGCAAGAGUUGAAGAGUACGAGAAAGCUUUCAGGGAAUAUGAGGUGGAUAUUAUUGCAGGUCCUCUUGACUCACAACUGGGUUCCAUUACUGCUGUUGCAGGUCAUCCAUCUGCAACUGUCCACGGGUCCCACUAG